AUGGCAGGCCCUCUCCUUCUCUCCUUCUCUCCCCCGGAGGACUCCUGCCUCGCGGGGAUCCUGCCCGGCGAUCCGCCGGACUUCUCACUUCCCACGUACUGGCUCGCACAUCCGGGCCACUGGCCCAGGAGGGUUGCAGAAAACUUGCCAAAGACCAUCUGCGGUUUGCAAGCGGAUGGAACGAAGACCUGCGAAGCAACGGAUCAGUACAGCGACAGCCAGUCCUCUGAGGUGGCAGCAGACCUCUUCUACCUGCAUGGCACGAUGGAAGGCAUGGGGAACCGCGCCUCCAUCGAUCGCUAUGACAAGGAGGCCUUCCAGAGCAAAGCCUUCAACACCCGGCACCAGAUGACCAUUGUCACGGCCUUCACUUCUGCAUGCCGAGCUUACGCUCCUCUUUACCGCCAGGCCGCCAUGGGCGGCUCCUGGGACCUCGCCUACCAGGACGUCUUGGCUGCCUUUGAGCAGUUUUUGUCGGAAGUCGGCAGCGAGCGUCCAAUCGUCCUGGCGGGCCACUCGCAAGGAUCCCUACACAUCAUCCGCUUGGUGAAGGAGCGGAUCCAAGGCGACCCAGCGCUCAUGCGCCGGCUCUGUGCCGUCCAUGCACCGGGCAUGGGACAGUGGAUGGAGCCUUCGCCCCUGCCCGUCGACCGGGCUCCGAACGACCCUCCGAGCACCCCAGCCGUGGCCAUCUGGGCAGCAGCCACCCCAGAGGCCGGAGCAGUAAAUGGAGUGCGGGACUUUGCCAACCCUUGCGCCUGGACGAGGGGAGAGCACCUUGGUGUCCUCUUGCCAGAUGAUGACACCAAGCUCCCGGUGCUGCACAGGGGGCUGGUCCAACGGGCGGAAGUGGUCGACGGCCUGCUGCGAGUCCACCCUGCGCCUUCGGCCGAUGGCACCUUGACGAAGCUCCACAUGGGACAUCAUGACCGGGCCGGGGGCCGUGACUCGAAACAGCAUUUCAUCGGCUUAGCAUCAAAGCAGAAAAGCGCAGCCCGACAUGUCUCAACCAACAUGGUCUUCGACUGGAUAUGCAAGAGGCGGGUCUUCCGAGUGAACCUUUUUGAUGUUCAGAGCACAGCUUUCAAGGGGUGGCUGCCUUCCGCACGUAGACGCUAUGACGCGCUACGCGGAGUUCUGAGCAGCCGACAGGACCUGAAGGUUCGCGCUUGGACGGCCAGGGGGGACCAUGCACGAGCGCAGGAAGUCCUGGAGCAGGCCUUAGAGUCGGCCAGGGGCCGUGAGGACAAGGUCGUCGAAGCUGCAGCACUUCAGUCGCUGGUGGGCGUUCAUCUCGCCCGGAAAGCUGCCACUGCCGCGAUCGACUGUGCGCAGGAGGCUGCCAAAGUCCAGGAGACGUUGGGGAACCAAGCAGCGGAGGCUGGUGCUUGGCACCUCGCGGCGCAGCUCCUCUUGAAGGCAUCGAAUGCCCCUGAGGCCCUUCGCUGUGCCCAGGCGGCACGGCGCGUGCACAAAGGCUGCAGUGUGAGCGCUGCCGAAGAGGCCACCGUCCUCCAGACGCUGUCAGCGGCCCACUUGGCCAAUGGCGAUGCGACCAAAGCCCUGGAGGUGGCCAAUGCAGGCCGCGAGCUUUGCAAGCAGGAAGCAGCCGAAGGUGGCGAAGCGCUCUGCGCGCUCCGCGACAACCUGGCAGAGAUGGUCGCCACCCGCCGAUCAAGUGCACUUUCGGUUCUGGCCGUCCUCUGUUUGGUCGCUGCCCCAAGCUUCGUGGGCUUGAGGCAGUCCAAAGCCCGUGGCCUGGCACUCCAAGCAGAGCCCAAGCCUGCCUUCAAAGGCGACAAGCCCAAGCAUCCCAUCCUGGACAGUGGCUGCACCGAGCUCAUGCAGGCAGCCUACAAGGGAGACACCAAGAAGGUGAAGGCUCUCGUCGAUGGGGGUGCAGACGUCAACCAGCAAGAUGCCUAUGGCUGGACGGCUGUUCGUUACGCCGUCAGGAACAGGCAAGUCCAGAGCACUCAGACCCUUCUGGAUCUGGGGGCCGACGUGAACAUCGCAUCCAAGACCGGACGGACUCCCCUGAUGUCGGCGGCCGGCAAUGGCCUCGAGGAGCUCUGUAAAAUGCUGGUGGAGCAAGGGGAUGCAGACAUCAUGGCUGCAGAUGAAGGUGGCAAGACUGCCUACGACCUGGCCCUGAGGACUGGGCCUCUGGGCAGCGACCUGAUCCGCGACCUUGUUGCAGGCGGGCAGACUCCCGGUGCCGGCGAGGAAGGCUGGAAGAGGAACCCAGGUGCCUAA